AUGGCUAGGCGGAGGCUGCUUCUUCUGCUGCUGUUAGUCGGGGCGCACAGUGGGGGGUGUACACCGGGGGACGCCCCGGGCAAAUUCAAAGGCAGCUGGAGGUGGAAAGGAGACCGAGGCCAGACUGGAGUGACGCAGGACGGAGUGAAAGAGGGUCCAACGGCGGCUCCCACCACGGGACAUGGCGAUGACAACUCUUUGGGCUACACAGGAUCCCGUCUGCGCCAAGAGGACACGCCGCCCCGGAUUGUUGAGCAUCCGUCCGAUCUGAUCGUCUCCAAAGGCGAGCCAGCCACCCUCAACUGUAAGGCAGAGGGCCGGCCCUCGCCCACCGUGGAGUGGUACAAGGAUGGCGAGCGGGUGGAAACUGACCGGGAUGACCCACGCUCGCACCGCAUGUUGCUGCCUAGCGGCUCACUCUUCUUCCUGCGCAUCGUGCACGGGCGGCGGAGCAAGCCGGACGAAGGCUCCUAUGUCUGCGUUGCCCGUAACUACCUUGGAGAGGCAGUGAGCCACAACGCCUCGCUGGAAGUAGCCAUUCUGCGUGAUGACUUCAGACAGAAUCCAGCCGACGUGAUCGUAGCAGCCGGAGAGCCAGCCGUCCUGGAGUGUCAACCGCCCCGUGGACAUCCAGAACCCACCAUAUCCUGGAAAAAAGACGGCCUAAACAUUGAUGACCGAGAUGAAAGAAUCACAAUACGCAGCGGGAAACUGAUGAUCACCAACGCGAGGAAGAGCGACGCUGGGAAGUAUGUCUGCGUAGGGACUAACAUGGUCGGUGAACGGGAGAGCGAAAUAGCCGAACUCACAGUGUUAGAGCGACCCAGCUUUGUCCGUCGUCCCGGCAGCCAAGUUGUGCUUGUAGACCAGAGUGUGGAGUUCCGUUGCGAAGCACGCGGUGACCCGGUUCCGACGGUCCGAUGGCGAAAAGAUGACGGUGACCUGCCCAAAGCAAGGUAUGAGAUCCGGGAGGACCACACCCUGAAGAUUCGCCGUCUGACCUCAGCAGAUGUCGGUUCGUACACAUGCGUAGCGGAGAACAUGGUGGGCAAGGCAGAGGCAUCGGCCAGCCUCACCGUCCACGUUGUGUCUGUGCCACCAGCGUUUGUGGUGAGACCAAGGAACCAAGUGAUUGGUGUCGGCCGGACUGUCACCUUCCAGUGUGAGGCCACGGGGAACCCUCAACCGGCAAUUUUUUGGCAACGGGAAGGAAGUCAGAACCUGCUGUUUUCCUACCAACCGCCCCAACCGUCCAGCCGCUUCUCUGUAUCGCAGACGGGGGAUCUGACCAUAACCGGCGCCGAGCGCUCUGACGUGGGUUACUACAGCUGCCAGGCUCUAAACAUCGCCGGCAGUGUCAUCACCAAGGCACUGCUAGAGGUCACUGACGUGGUGUCAGAUCGUCCGCCCCCGGUCAUCCGGCAGGGUCCGACCAAUCAAACGGUGGCGGUGGACGGCACCGUGGUCCUCAGCUGCGUUGCAUCGGGUAAUCCCACCAUUUUGUGGAGAAAGGACGGCAUGCUGGUGUCCACCCAUGACUCACGGGUCAAGCAGCUGGACACGGGCGCUCUGCAGAUACGUUACGCUAAGCUGAGUGACUCCGGAUACUACACCUGCAUCGCAUCCACGCCCGGGGGCGAGGCCUCAUGGAAAGCUCAUCUCCAAGUUCAGGAGUUUGGAAUCCCAGUGCAGCCAAAUAGACCUACCGACCCCAAUUUGAUCCCAAGCGCCCCCUCAAAACCGGAAGUCACAGAUGUCACACGCACCUCAGUCACGCUCUCCUGGAAGCCAAACCCAAACGCUGGGGCCACACCCACCUCCUAUGUCAUUGAAGCCUUCAGUCAUGCGUCGGGCAGCAGUUGGCAGACGCUGGCGGAUCAUGUGAAAAUGGAGUCGUAUGUACUGAAGGGCUUGAAGCCCAGCGCCGUCUACCUCUUCCUCGUGAGGGCAGCCAACGCUUAUGGACUAAGCGACCCCAGUCCAAUCACUGAUGCUGUGAAAACACAAGAUAUCCCCCCAACUAGCCAAGGCGUGGACCACCGUCAGAUCCAGAGGGAGCUUGGCGAGGUGGUCAUCCACUUGCACAACCCUACCAUCUUGUCAUCAUCCUCUGUCAGGGUGCAGUGGACGGUAGAGCAGCAGUCCCAGUACAUCCAGGGUUACAAGGUGAUGUACAGGCCUUCUCCGGAGGGACAACCGCGGAGUGACUGGGCUAUAUUCGAGGUGCGCACGCCAGGCGAGGACAGCGCCGUCGUACCUCAACUCCGCAAGGGCGUCACGUACGAGUUCAAAGUGCGGCCAUUUUUCAACGAAUUCCAAGGCACCGACAGCGACGUGAAAAUCGGCCGGACCCUGGAGGAAGUGCCUAGCGCGCCGCCCCGUGAGGUUACAGUGACUGAAAGCGGCGACAACGGGACUGCCAUCGUGGUCUCCUGGCAACCCCCACCAGAGGAGGAGCGGAACGGGGUGGUCCAGGAGUACAAGAUUUGGUGCUUAGGAAACGAGAGCCGGUACCACAUCAACCGCACUGUGGACGCCACCACCUUCUCCGUGCUCAUUCCCAGUCUGGCUCCGGGGGUCCGCUAUGGCGUGGAAGUGGCGGCAAGCACCGGGGCAGGCCCCGGGGUCAAGAGUGACGUCACCUACUUCCAACUCGAUGCAUCAGGGAGGAUGACGACGGCAGCGGAGGGCCCACAGAAUCCUCUAUCGCAGCAGAUAUCUGAUGUGGUGAAACAGCCGGCAUUUAUCGCCGGUAUCGGUACCGCAUGCUGGAUCAUCCUGUUGGUCUUCAGCAUUUGGCUGUACCGGCACAGGAAGAAAAGGAACGGACUCUCCAGCAGCUACGCUGGAAUACGCAAGGUGCCAUCUUUCACCUUCACACCAACUGUGGCGUACCAAAGAGGCGGAGAAGGAGUGAGCAGUGCUGGAAGGCCAGGCCUCCUCAACAUGGGCGAGUCUGCCACGCAGCCCUGGCUGGCUGACACUUGGCCCAACUCGUGCUCCAACCACAACAACUGCAGCAUCAACUGCUGCGCCGCCGGUAACGGCAAUAGCGACAGCAACCUGGCGACGUACAGCCGACCUGCCGACUGCAUCGCCAAUUACAACAGCCAGAUGGACAAUAAGCAAAGCGGCCUCCUGGUGCCCGAACCAGGGAUGUACGGCGAUGUGGACCUGUCCAAUAAGAUCAACGAGAUGAAGACCUUCAACAGCCCAAACCUAAAGGACGGCCGCUUCGUGGGUACCGGCGGCCAGCCCACACCAUACGCCACCACGCAGCUCAUCCAGUCGUCCAUCAUGAGCAAUAACGAGAGAGGGACUGCGGGUGGAGGAGGAGUUGUUGGAGGGGAGCUGAAUGACAAACACUGUUGGAAGCCCGCUGGCGGCAUCUUGCAGCCCAAACAGGAAAUGCAGUACAGCAUCAUGGAGCAAAACAAGCUCAACAAGGAUCGCUACAGAGGGGGUGACACCUCCAUGAUGCCCGCCACCAUACCCUACAAUCACAGCCACGACACCCACACUGGAGGUUCCUACAACAGCUCAGACCGAGGUAGCAGCAGCACCUCUGGCAGCCAGGGUCAAAAGAAGGGAACACGCACCCCCAAACUGACAAAACAGAGCACAAUGAAUUGGGCCGACCUUCUGCCUCCCCCGCCUGCUAACCCGCCUCCGACGCGGAGCGCCGAGGACUACUCACUGUCAAUGGAAGAAAGCUGCGACCCAGACAUGCAGUGCUCCAUGCCGCCCUCUCACAUGUACCUUCAGCCCGGCGAGCUAGAGGACAUGGAGGAGGAAGAGAUGGAGAGGGGGCCCACUCCUCCUGUCCGCGGCACGGCGUCCUCCCCCGCCGCCGUGUCGUACAGCCACCAGUCCACUGCAACACUAACGCCUUCGCCGCAGGAAGAGAUGACGCCCAUGCUACAGGAGGCGCCCGACAGCCACGAGCGCAGGCGCCAUGCUGUGAGCCCCCCACCCCCUCCCAUGCCCCUUUCGCCAUCACAUACAUAUAGUUACAUCAAUAAUCCCCUGGAUACCGACGGCAUGGAGGACGAUGAAGAGGCAAUUCCAGAGGAAGACGAGGAGGAAGAGGACACUGACGCCGAGGUUGCAAAGAUGCACUACCACCACACCCACCCCCACCACCCGCAGAUGCACCAACGGCGGUUGCUGCUACGGGGCAUCGAACAGACGCCGGCGUCCAGCAUGGGCGACCUGGAGAGCUCAGUGACGGGUUCCAUGAUCAAUGGUUGGGGUUCCGCCUCUGAGGAAGAUAAUGUCUCCUCGGGGAGGUCCAGUGCCGUCAGCUCGUCAGACGGAUCCUUCUUUACGGACACCGACUUUGCGCAAGCUGUUGUGGCCGCCGCGGAAUACUCGGGCAUGCGGGUGGCCAGACAUCCGGGCAUGCAAGGCCAGGAAAGUGUACCACUAUCAGCACGGAAAUACCAAAUCCACCCAGUGGGCCAUCGUCCAAGCAGCCCAGUGUCCACAGACAGCAGCAUGAGUAUGGCGGCGGUGCAGAGGAGGCCUCCGAAGAAGCAGAAGCACCACACACCAGUGGGGAACCAGAGACGUGAAGCCUACAAUGAAGAUCUUCCACCGCCACCCAUCCCUCCCCCGGCGGUGCUAAAGUCCCCCACGCAUCCCUCCAAAGUGAGCCUGGAGGGCCGAGGAGUGGUCUCGCCCAAAUCGGGAGAUGGUAGAGACAAGAGAGGGGCAGCUGGAGCAGGGGGAUAUCGACCCAAAGAUGGCUCGGACCCUAGAACCAGCUCAUCGGAACGCAGGGAGGCCCAGGAGAGACAAAAAGUACAUGGGAGCAAAGGCGGCCAGAGGGGGCGCCAACAAGGAGAGGACAUUCUGCCGUACAGCCGACCGCAGUUUCCUGUGGUCAACAGCCCGCGAGACCCGAGCUCCUCCAGCUCCAUGUCGUCUAGGGGCUCAGGCGGCCGGCGGAGAGGCGAAGCUGGCCAAAGGAACCUGGCUGACAUGAGCCUCAGCACCACAGGGACUUUGCAGGCAGGAAAUGAAGAGCUUGAGAUGGUGGAAAGCUGA